AUGGACUACCUCCUCUCUUUCUCCGCUGAGACAUGGACCCUCCUGGUCGCUUUCAUCACACUGCUCUCUGUGUACUUAUGGUGGCCAUAUGGAACAUUUAAGAAAAUGGGCGUCCCUGGUCCCAAACCAAUCCCGUUUUUCGGCACUAUGCUGGAAUAUAGAAAGGGAUUCAUUAACUUUGACAUUGACUGCUUCAAGAAAUAUGGGAAAACAUGGGGGAUUUUUGAUGGCCGUCAGCCUGUGCUGUGUAUCACAGAUCCUGCCAUGAUAAAAACUGUCCUGAUAAAGGAGUGUUACUCUUUCUUCACUAAUCGCAGAAACACCCAUCUGAACGGGCCUCUGUACGAUGCCGUGUCCCUCGUUGAGGAUGACGAGUGGAAGAGGAUCCGCAGUGUCCUCUCUCCCUCCUUCACCUCAGGGAGGCUGAAAGAGAUGUUUGGCAUAAUGAAGCACCACUCUGCUAACCUGAUCAGCAGCAUGAAGAAGGUGGCAGACAAGGAUGAGCCCCUGGAGCUGAAGGAGUUCUUUGGAGCCUACAGUAUGGAUGUUGUAACCAGCACAGCCUUCAGCGUAGACAUCGACUCGCUCAACAACCCCUCGGACCCCUUCGUUACUAACAUCAAGAAGAUGCUGAAGUUUGAUCUUCUCAACCCUCUCCUCAUCAUUACUGCUGUCUUCCCCUUUAUGGGUCCUAUAUUUGAGAAGUUCGAGUUUUCUCUUUUCCCUGUGUCUGUCCUGGACUUCUUUUACGCUGCACUGCAGAAGAUCAAGUCUAAUCGAGAGACCAGCAAGCAAAGGAGUCGAGUGGAUUUCCUUCAGCUGAUGAUCGACUCCCAGAAAAACAAUGGCCCCAGUGGAGUAGGACAGGAUAAAGGUUUAAAUGAUCAUGAGAUCCUUUCGCAAGCAAUGAUUUUCCUCUUUGCUGGCUAUGAAACCAGCAGCAGCUCUCUCACUUUCUUGGCUUACAAUCUGGCAACAAACCCUGAUACCAUGAAACGGCUGCAGGAGGAGGUCGACUCCACCUUCCCUAACAAGGCUCCAGUUGAGUAUCAAGCUAUGAUGCAGAUGGACUAUCUGGACAGCGUCAUCAACGAGUCUCUGCGGUUGUAUCCCAUUGCUCCACGUCUGGAGCGUGUGGCCAAGGCGACUGUCGAGAUAAACGGCCUUGUGAUUCCAAAACAUAUGACUGUCAUAGUACCCACAUGGCCCGUGCACCGGGAUGCAGAUCUGUGGCCCGAGCCAGAGAAGUUCAAACCUGAGAGGUUCAGCAAGGAAAACAAGGGGACUAUUGAUCCGUACACGUACAUGCCUUUUGGGGCAGGGCCAAGGAACUGCAUAGGGAUGCGGUUUGCUUUGGUGUCAAUGAAACUAGCAUUGGUGGAGAUCCUCCAGAGGUACAGCUUCUCUGUGUGUAAGGAGACUGAGAUCCCCUUAGAGCUGGACUCCCCUGGCCUGAUCUCGCCAAAAAACCCGAUCAAACUGAAGCUGGUGCCACGGUCUGAACCCUCAAAAUAAAAUUAAAAAAACAAGACAGGAUAGUCAUUAAUAAUCACUAUGUUGUAG